GUUACUUCCUGUCUCUUGCUUAACGCUCCGCUCUGUCUUGACAGUUGUUCCCGGCGACGGCAGUGUUUCCUAGUUCAUCUGCUACGGGACAUUCAUCUUUGGCUUCUAAAGUAACUGUGGCAAUACGAUGGGUCUGCUUUCGGACCCUAACCGCAGACGAGCGCUCACCAACUUGGUGACCCGACUGAACACCCCACUGUGUGUCAUGUGCUACAUUGUGGGCAUAACAUGGUUCUUGGGACUUGCAUUUGAACCCUUCACACUAAGGACUUAUAUGUCAGAGAACGCCAUGGGUUCUACUAUGGUGGAGGAGAAAUUUGUAUAUGGAGAUCGUGCACUUUCAUAUUCGCGUGAAUUUUCAGGACACAGGAAGAAGGUCGGAGGACUUCCAGUAGAUUGGCUGGGGAAGACAAUGAAAAGCAGAGGUCUUGAAGUUUAUAAACAAACAUUUUCCCGCACAUUGCCUUUUCCCGAUGAAAGUAAGGAGAGAUACAUGGUGAAAGGUACAAAUGUCUAUGGGAUCUUGCGUGCCCCACGUGCACCACGCACUGAGUCCAUCUUGCUGAGUGCCACAUGCAGUGAAGGAAGCAACAAUAACCAGGCAGUGGGGUUACUGCUGGCACUUGCCUCAUAUUUUAGGGGUCAGAUUUACUGGGCCAAAGACAUCAUAUUCUUGGUGAAUGAGCAUGACCUGAUUGGAAUGGAGGCUUGGCUAGAAGCCUAUCAUGAUGUCAACAUGACAGGUAUCCAGUCAUCCCCAAUGCAGGGUCGUGCUGGUGCUAUCCAGGCUGCUGUCUCUCUUGAGUUGAGCAGUGAUGUCAUUACCAGCUUUGAUGUGGUUGUAGAGGGACUGAACGGGCAGCUUCCUAAUCUGGACCUAGUUAACCUCUUUUAUGCUUUCUGUCAAAAGAUCGGCAUGCUGUGCACUAUUCAGGGCAAGCUCCAGCGUAAUGACUGGGAUACAUUGCCAGGGUAUUCUCAUUCUCUAAAUACCAUGUUAUUGAUGGUUCUGAAGCAAAGCUCUGGUCGACCACAAGGUGACCACGGACUCUUCCUGCGUUACCACGUGGAGGCAGUAACCUUACGUGGAAUCAACAGCUUCCGUCAGUACAAGUUUGACAUGUCCACUGUUGGCAAACUCAUUGAGGGAAUGUUCCGAAAGCUUAACAAUCUUCUUGAAAGAUUUCACCAGUCUUACUUCUUUUAUCUGCUCCCAUCUCUUACACGUUUUGUCUCCAUUGGCUACUACAUGCCAGCCUUCAGCUUUCUCAUUCUUAUUUUGAUGCUGCGAGCACUUGAUCUUUGGGUUCAGCUGAGUAAUACUCCUCGUGUUCAAGAUGAUGAAGAACAGGACCCAGGUCCCAGCAUGUUGUCUCUUGCGACCCCUAUCUUCAUAUGCCACUUGACGGGCUUGGCCUUGUACUUUCUGCCCAUACUGAGUCAGGAUAUGGCCACCCAACACUUUCCAGUGUCUGAGACAGAGGCUGUGGUUUUCACUGCCAUCGCCAUAUAUGUAGCGGGUCUGGCCUUACCACAUAACACUCACAGGGCACUGUCUGGAAAUGGCACAGAGUGCGGCUGAAGUUUGAAACUCUUAUCUCUUCUGUACCUUGCUGUGCUCCUUGGCUGUACAGCGCUGAUUAAUUUCUCCUUGGGCUUCAUCUUAGCUGUCACUAUGGUCCCCAUGGCAGCAUUUGUCCAGCCCAGUGGACCCAGGGUUCUGUAUGCAUUCGGACUUGUGCUCGUCAGCCCCGCCUGCACAUUGCUUCUGAGCAUUUACUUUUAUCAUUAUCUCCUCGAAUAUCCCAUCACACUUCUAGAGUGCUGGCAGCAAUUUUUGAUGGCCAUUUCGCAGGGUAUCUUAGACCACCACCUUUAUGGGUCAUUGGUGUACCCUCUAAUAUCUCUCUUCAUUUAUCCCUGCUGGCUGCAAUUGUGGAACAUUGUCUUCUGGAAGUAGAGCUUUUGUAGUAACAGUGUUGGUUGAAGCUGAACUUGGCAGAACAUCUGCUGCUGGAGAAGACUCGUUAACUGAAGGAACUUACUACAUCUCGAGCACAUUUUAUGUGUUUGACUUUCCCGAAAGAAUAUGUUGCAGCUUGAGUCUGAUCAUCUGAAAGGAAGCAGUGUUAUUUUUUUGACUUCACAGCCAGUCCUCUUCAUUCUUCUAGAAGAGGAGAUGAGGUCGGUCUCUGCCUAGUGUUUUUGUUUCCAGGAAGUCCAGCUUGACACUCCGUCCAAAGUGUGACCUGAUCAGGAUUUACUUGGCAGCUGUCCUACUUGGAAUGCAGAAAUCUUUCCACUGGUGAAUUUACAAAAAAACCUCCUUACAGUUUCUUGUGGUUACUGGAUCAUUUAUCAUCUCAGGACUUGAAACCAAAUGUAAAAUACUAAAUAACACUAGCAGUGUAUUUUGGAAGUUGAACAUUUUCAGAGAAAUUUAUGUCCCAUUCCCUUAAAAUAACAUUAGAUGGUUCAGGUUUUCUGGAGAACCUUUUUGAAAGUUAAACAAAUAUAAAGUGUAUACUUUGAUGGAUAUGAGAUUAAUAUAAACACAGUAUUGUAAGAAUACCAAAUAUUCAGAAUGAUAAAUACUCUAUUACACAAGUAAGUGAUAUAAAGAAGAGAAUAUCUAAAUAUUAAAAGAAUAUUCCAGUCUGAUGCAGAAACAA